ACGACUUAAGAUAGAUAUUCGACUGAAGCAUAGGUCGUGAACAUAACAGUAACAAAUGGUGAAUCAGUUUCUUUAAAGAUGGCGUCUGAGAAACGUAGUUUUUCCAUAGAUGAUUCAAUGACUGAAAGUACACGUCUCUUAAUUGAGAAACAGGAUGAAGGGAAAGGAAGAAUCUAUAAACAUAGGAGGAGGAAGGCAACACGAGCACGAAAACUGGUUGUCAUGGUUGCAGGUCUGGUUCAGCAAUUUGUCUCCGUUGGGUUAGGAUUCGGACUCAGCAUAAUGUACGUGGAGCUCAUCGCAGUAUUUAACGCAAAAAGAUCUGACGCAGCACUUAUUCAAGGGCUUUAUCUUGGGCUUUCAGUAGGAACAGGUAUUGUCUUAACAGGAGUUAUCAAGAAGGUUGGGCCUGGGCCCACGAUCAUUGUUGGUGCUAUAGUGGCAGCAAUAGGUCUGUUUACAAGUUCAUUUGCACAAAAUCUCCCUACAGUUAUAGCACUCACCGGAGUUGUAUCGGGCCUUGGCAUGAGUACCUGCUACCUUUCUGCAUUCAUUUCUGUAAGUUGGAUGUUUCACGAAGAUCCCGGGUUUCCACUGGUUUGUCUCACAAUUGGAUCUAGUCUCGGUCAAUUUGCAAUUCCAUUCCUUUAUGAAUAUUUCAUCUCUGAAUACACGUGGUCGGGUGCAUUUAUGCUUGUUUCCGGAAUAGCUUUGCAAUGUGUUCCAUUCGGGGUUAUUAUUUACACAUCUAGAGAAUAUUUCGUCACGAGCGAUCAUGGAAGUCACGAGAGAAAGGAGAUUCCGACAUGUGAAGGAUACAUGACACUUCUGAAAGACUUUGUGCUGUGGAUAUUACUGUUUGACUUUCUGCUGAUUGCUUUGUCAGGUAAUGUGGAAGCCUGGUUCAUUGUUGACAUUAUGACGUCACGUGGCUAUUCACGGGAGUCUGGUUCUAUACUAGUUUCUGCUUUAGGGUUUGCAAAUUUUAUUGGACGUGUCAGCGGAAGCACGUUGCGAUUUAAAUGCACCAACAUACCAACUGUGUAUCACUGGCUCUGGAUAUGUCCAGUCAUAGCUUUAGGACACACCCUCGUUAUUAAUUUGAGAGGCUAUUGGGCUAUAUUCGCUGCAAUUAUUCUGCAAGGGGCAGCAUUUGGAAUGAAUAACUCUCAGACUCCGGCAAUAAUGUUUGAGGCAUCUGGGUUAUCAAAAUAUCCACAGGCUAUGUCGUUGGUUAAUCUGGUGUACGGCAUUGGGAAUUUGUUUAGUAAUGUAAUUGGCGGUUUUAUUCGAGACAGCUUCGGGGUAUAUGACAUUGCAUACUACAUUGCAGCUGGUGCGUCUUUGUAUAUAACAUUCAAUAGUGCAAUUGUCUCCUGUAUCAUACAUAGACGCAAGCGACAUCAAGUGCAGUAUAGUUCUCUGGAGUGAAGACAUAUUAUUGUAGAUGUUGUUUGGCAUUCUGUGAAGUCCCGUGUUCUUAGUCUGCUUUGUGCAACUGCUCAUAUUCGAAUCGGUGCAAUGAAUUACCUCAGGAAAAUAGCAUGGUUUAACCUUAAAUACAUGUUUCUGGACUUAUCAUUAUAAAAUAGAACUUUACAUUACAUUACUUGUGCGUGAUAAACGCCUUUUUUACAGGGCUUCACAGUAUACUUUUGCAGGAGCCUUUUUAUAAAAACUGUGUUUAUAUGUUUUUAAAGACAAUGUAUUACGUGAGAAAGAAAUAACAUUCUUAAUUUUAAAAGAUCUUACGAUGUAAAUUUAGCAGCGUAUCCAUAUAGGAUAUACUAGUAAUGGAUUUCCCUGAAACGUCUGAAAGCGAUAUUCUUCCAGGCUCUGUAAAGCACUUUUACUUUCUUUUCAUACUCUUGGUCACUUACCAGCUUCUAUGAGAUUGAGAUAAAAAAUAAGUAUGAAAUUGUU